AUGGACUCGACCCGGUCUCCUCACCUCAUCGUCAGGAUCAGGACGAUCAUCUUUGGCAUCAGUCUACUGUUCACACUCAUCGCACUGGGAACAUCGGCGGCCUUCAUCGCCUUUGUCGACAAGGGUGCUAAAGCCCUUGGGUUUCUUGGUGGUUCCUCCAGCUUUAAUGUGGGAUCCUUCGCCCACCUCGUUUUAGCCACGAGCGUUAUCACUCUCAUUUCUGUACCCCUUCUCUACUGGUUUGGGCGCCAGAAACACGCCACCUUCAAAGCUCAGAUUUUCGUCGAACUACCUUCUAUUUGUAUCAUCUGGAUCCUUUGGAUUGCGAGCGCAGGCCAAACAGCCCAAUUUGAGCCAGUCUUCCGCUUGACGGGCUGCUCUUCUUCAAGCCGCGACUUUGGCUUCGAUAGCAUCGACCAGGGGCCCACGACAUGCCACGAAGGUCGCGCCAUGAUGGCGUUCAGCUUUUUGAACUGGUUACUCUUCAUGUCCUACGCAUUUAUCCUCGCCCUCUAUGUCUUCAAAGCUCAACACAGCACUGGGACGUCAACGGUGUGGUUCUCUUCCGUCGAGACGUUCGAUUGGAACGGGGCUUUACUUGGUGGUGCCAACCACGCUGCUAAGGCCGCUGCUGUCAACAACGUUCAUUCAGCUCAGGGUGGUAACGGAGCUUACAAUGGCAAUUCUCCAAACGGGACCGUUUAUAACUCUCAUGGCAAUGGUGUCGUUUCUAUCUUUCUAUCCCGCUUCUCCAAGCGCCAUCCUAAACCCCUAGAGAUGUUCAUCUCGUCCGAAUUUAGCCCCAAGUCGACCUCAUCUUCGCAGCUUUAUGACCAAUGCGGUCUCUGUGGCCAAUAUCACGAUACUGGAGGUUACUUGUACGAAGGCUCGUUCUCCGAUAGCUCUUCCGAGUAUCAGGAAACUUUGACGGACGCUACUGGCGACUCUGGCUACGAAAGCGAACCUGACUUUGAUGCCUUCUCGACCAAAGCUCUUAUCCACUACACUUUCGAUGACGACGACUCUUCCGAAUCCGAAGCCAUAGAGGAUCUUCAGUCCAACUCAGAAGGCUCUGAGACACUCUUCGGCACCAUAUCCCAGUACUCCGAUGAUACGCUUGCAGAGGACGAGUUUCCUAACUUUGGCUAUCGGCAAACCGAGAGGUGGCGCCAGUGGGCACAUUUUGUUUCUGUCGUAUCUCAAGAAUUUCAGAGAACUGGGCAGAUCACAACCGCGAUCUCCACCAGUUGUAACCUGACCCGCAAUUAA